UUAAAUUUCAGAAUUCGCAAACAGCGGUCGCGAAACGUGCAACGUGCAACGUGCAAUCAACAAUAACAACCAAAAACAUAAAACAAAAAAACAAGUACAAAUAUUUUGCAUAAAUCUUGAGGCAAAAAGAUUUAAAGCAAGAACGCAAAACACACAAAUAAAAACCCAACUAGUAAAAUUCCCGAAAAAACACACAAUGCACAAUACCAAAAGUCAUCUUAUUGUGGCCAGCGCAUUGCUGUUGCUAUUCGCCGCACCAGCUUGCUUUGCGGAUCUGAUGUGCUAUGUCUGUGAUAAUUGCCAGACUGUGGACAAGAACACACCGCUCUUGGCCUGCAAUGAGGACUUCUUCAAUCAGGGCGGCAGCACCGAAGCCUCCACAGUGACCACAACCAUGUCAACCAUGACGACAACCGACGAGCCAACCACCAUCAUGCCAACCACAGAGACGCCAACAACUAUGCCCAGUGACUCAACGACAGUGAUGGACACAACAACCACAGAGCAGCCAACCACCGAUACAACCGCAGCUCAGACAACCGAGAAAACCGAUGCACCGAUGCCAACGCCAGCCACCGUUGGACCACCAGAGACAACUACCAGUGUGCCCACGCCACCCAAUGAGGAUCUGCUGCGUGAGGUCACCAAACUGGUUGCGGUCAACGGAUCACCAAGUGGAUUGGCGGACUUCACGGAGUUGCCUAUUCGCCAGCGUCGUGCUUUGAUCGAUACAAAUGUCAGCUUCCAUUGUUACACUGUGAAGAAGACAGUGAACAACACAGCUCAAACAGAACGCGGCUGCUCACGAGUUCUGGCCUCGCAGUCAGUGUGCACAGACCUCAGAGAGCAAUCGGCGCCUCUUGAGAUCUCCUACUGUGAUCCCUGCUCCAUGAAUGCUUGCAACUCUGCCACAUCCAUGAUGCACACAACGAUGCUGUCCACGUUCCUCAUCGUUCUUGUCGCCGUCGUGCUGCAGCGCAAAUAAGGAGUCAAGCUUACUCCAUCCACCACCGUCCACUCCAACCCGGUGUUAUUUAGUGCAUAUUGCUAAUUUCUUUAAGAGACCUUCCUACACACACACACACACACACACAUUCAAACAGAGUACACUCACACAAAGACACACACCCAUGGCAACACUCACGAUCUUCUCAUCAUGUUAAGUAAUGUGAAAGUUUAUAUAAUUUUUAAGCGACACAAAAAAGACACACACGAAUAUCGAAAUAUAUAUAAAUACCUAUACCUAUAUAUAUAUACAAAAUAAAGCUAACCAAAUGUGAAGCAUAAGACAAUUUACUUGAUAUACAAUAAUAAAUAUAUUUAUACAACAAACACCAA